ACACAAAAGUUACUCUCAGAAAGUGGACUGACAUUAAAGAAAGCCUUUGAUGUAAGCAUGGCUAUGGAAAUGGCUUCAAAGGAGGCUCAACAACUGAACAUUACGAGCAGAAUACACCAAGUGGCAAGUACCCAAAGCAAUGUUGCUGGUCCCGGUUUUAGGUGCGGUAAAACAGGGCACCUUUCCUCCACCUGCUGGUGCAAAGAAAUGAACUGUCAUCAUUGUGGGAAGAAGGGUCAUGUUGAGCGUGCCUGUCGGAAAAAAACAAGCACAGACAAAGAUAAGGAAAUGAAUGACAAGAAGAAAACAAAGAAAUAUGUCAAAGCGGUAGAGAGUGCCUCUACUUCCGAAGAUGAAAGUGACGUGCACACCGUGCAUGUAAUGAGCGUGGACGGGAAGUCAGGGUGUUACUGGGUCACACCAAAGUUAGAGGGUCACCCAGUCAAAAUGCAAAUAGAUACUGGAUCACAGGCAUCGCUUGUGUCUUACCAAGUCUAACUGUUUGAGACACCUUCCAUUAAGACCAUCAGACACUGUGUUCAAAGCGUACACUGGACACAAAGUGCACAUCAAAGGAAUGACUGACAUUACUGUGCAAUGCAAGGAUCAAACUGCUAAACUUCCAGUGUAUGUCACAAAAGGGAAUUUUGCUUCCAUAAUGGGACGACUGUGGAUUAAUGCACUUCGUGUAAAUUGGCUAGGAGUUCGGCAGCUGUCAGACGGUUCUUCACAACUACAAGUCAUACUGGACAAGAAUGAAGAGGUUUUCCGUGAGGAAUUGGGCAGCAUGAAGGACAUUACCGUGGAAUUGCACAUUAAACCAGGAAGCAAACCUGUGUUUAUGAAGGCUAGGACAGUGCCGUAUGCUAUUCGUGACAAAGUCGAGGCUGACCUGGAUGCGUUGGUCAAAAGUGGGGUUUUGGAACCAGUCACCACCAGCGAAUGGGCGACACCAAUUGUGCCGGUUCCGAAAAAGAAUGGCGGAAUUCGCACAUGUGGCGAUUUUAAAGUGACUUUGAAUCCGGUGCUUUGUGUGGAGCAGUACCCACUUCCAUUGAUUGAUGAUUUGUUUGCAGGUCUGAGCGGUGGUCAAAAAUUCAGCAAAAUUGACCUCAACCAAGCUUAUCUGCAGAUGCAUGUGGAUGAAGAAUCACGGGAGUGGCUGACAAUUAACACGCACAAGGGACUUUUCAGAUAUUGCAGAUUACCUUUUGGCAUCACAUCUGCUCCUGCUCUGUUUCAACGGGCUAUGGAUCAAAUUUGAGUGGAUUGCCAGGAGUACAAUGUUACUUGGAUGACAUUCUCUGCACCGGUGCCAACGACGAGGAGCAUCUUCGCAACCUGGAUACUGUCUUAAAAAGGCUAAGGCAGUAUGGUCUUCGAGUGCGCAAGGAAAAAUGUGAAUUUUUGAGACCAUCGGUGGAGUAUCUCGGGCAUGUGAUAGACCACGAAGGACUACACAAGGCUCCAUCAAAGACAAAGGCAAUUGUGGAUGCACCCGCCCCAGAAAAUGUGAGUCAGCUUAGAUCUUUUUUAGG